AUGGUCGUGUUGAAUACGGAUCUCAACUGGAUGGGCUGGCUUGAAGAUGCGGCACUUUUCUCUGCAAUUGAUCAUGUUAUCAAUACAUUUUCAUGGGAUGAGUGGCCUGAUCCUCUUAAAAAUCGGCAUCUUGGGGCCUUGGAGGAUGUACAGCAAAGCAACAAGGAGUUUAUCUAUAUAUUUAUAGCUCAACAGUUUUUAUUUCAAAAGCAGUGGAAGAAAAUACGCAGUCAUGCUCAUGAGUUGGGAAUUACUAUUAUAGGUGACAUGCCAAUUUAUGUUGGCCAUCAUAGUGCAGAUGUAUGGGCAAACAAAAGGUCAUUUUUACUGAACAGGGAAGGCUUCCCAAUUCUGGUUAGUGGCGUUCCUCCUGAUGCCUUCAGUGAAACUGGUCAACUAUGGGGCAGUCCACUUUAUGAUUGGAGGUCAAUGGAGGAUAGUGGCUAUACAUGGUGGAUACAGAGAAUAAAGCGCGCACUUGAUUUAUAUGAUGAAUUUAGAAUAGAUCACUUCCGAGGAUUAGCUGGUUUUUGGGCUGUUCCUUCCGAGGCAAAAGUUGCAAUGUUUGGACGAUGGAAGGCUGGACCAGGUAAAGCUUUCUUUGAUGCCAUUUUCGGAGCUGUUGGAAAAAUCAAUGUAAUUGCCGAGGAUUUGGGUGUAAUAACAGAGGAUGUGAUUCAGUUGAGGAAAUCAAUUGGGGCUCCUGGAAUGGCAGUUCUUCAGUUUGCUUUCGGUGGUGGCACAGAUAACCCUCACUUGCCUCAUAAUCAUGAGCUAGAUCAAGUUGUAUACACUGGAACCCAUGAUAAUGAUACAGCCUUGGGUUGGUGGGAAGGCUUGAAGGAAGAGGAGAAGUAUCAUGUGCAUAAAUACCUUCAGAUGAGCGGAGAUGCUAAGAUUUCAUGGGUCCUUAUUCAUGCAGCAGUUUCUUCAGUUGCUAGAACUGCUAUAAUGCCGAUGCAAGACAUCCUGGGUUUGGGAUCCUCUGCUAGGAUGAACACACCAGCAACUCAGUUCGGAAACUGGAACUGGAGAAUUCCUAGCGGUUUAAGCUUUGACAAGCUGGAGCCUGAGGCACAUAGGAUUCGGGACUUGCUCUCAUUGUACAAUAGGCUAUGAGCUUUAAUGAUUUAAUGACCAUUCAUCUUAUCGGUUUCAAUGAGGACAAAAUAACUUUGCUGCUAUCUUCUUCGGAUUAGAUGGAUGGCUACGAAGUACGAUUGAGAAAUGUUAGCCACUCAGCAGGAACUUGUUUGUUAGUUAAUCAUCUCAGCAGUCAGCAGAAAGGAGAAUAAAGUGAGUUGUGUUUGGUUCGCUAGUUUCUUGUAAGAAUUUGAUUAAGUGAUGCCUUUGGUUCAUUUUCUUAAAUCAAACUUUGAACUUCCAAUGGAGUUUUGCGUUUUUAUUAGAUAAAUAUUCUGCUUUGCUUAAA